GUUAUUAAUGAUCGCUGAGCAGGCAGCACCAUGUCAGUGUGACAACUGAUAGGGUGAAUGAUGCAGAACUAACCACCAGCACCACAGAAAGGAGAAGAGGAAGCGGCUACACAAGCAGCAUCUCUGUAUUGGAUUGUCGGCAUCAGCCACAGAGAAACAAAGCACUGGCAGCUAUGAGGGAUCUCAGCAAGCAGCAGGCAGCUCUGUUCAUGCUGUAGGAUAUGUGCAGACAACUAGAAAUGCGCCUAUUUACACCAGGGCUUCACUGUGUAUGUACUGCAGUCUGAGGGAUGUACAGAGGAUGCACACUGUUCUUGGAGGAUCACCUUGUUAUCAGCUACUUAUCGGCUAUGGGACUUUUAAGUAAAUGCUAAGUGAACUGUUCCUUCAGUGGCCACCUAUUGAAUCUACUUUACCACAAUGGCUAUUUAAUGCCUAUCAAGAAUAGAGUGACCUUCCAACUCACAGUAUGUGUGGAGUAUUUGAUAAACGACAUUAUACUUUGCUACCAGGAAAAGAAAUACAACGCAUUUGUGGCCUAGUGUUGAAUACAAGCUACGUGCUCAUGAAGUGACCAAUUGUUUAUUAAUAAUAUAUAGAACAUAAGCUGCUCAUUCAGUACAGCUAAACAAUUAAAAACUGAAAAAUGAGGGAAAUAAAACUCAAAAUAAACUUGCUUCUUGGACUAGCUAUUACAGCACUUGUGCAUGCUACUCAAAAAAAGAUGGAUUGUCCACAGUUGUGCGCUUGUGAAAUUCGACCGUGGUUUACACCAAGAUCUAUUUAUAUUGAAGCUCUAACAGUGGAUUGCAAUGCAUUAGAUCUCUACAGCAUCCCAGAAAGACUACCUAUAAACACACAGGUUUUACUUUUACAGGCAAACAACAUUCAAUAUAUUAAGAACGCAGAUCAAUUUCCAGUAAAUCUUACAGCAUUGGAUUUAUCGCAGAACAAUCUGUCCUCAAUGGUCAAUAUCAAUUUCACAAACUCCCAUCAGAUACUUUCUGUGUACCUGGAGGAAAAUAAGUUGGUAGAACUGACUGAGGAAUGCUUUUCUGGACUGUUAAACUUACAAGAACUGUACAUUAAUCAUAACCUGAUAUCCACAAUUUCACCAAAAGCAUUUGCUGGGGUAAGCAAUUUGCUCAGACUUCACCUUAAUUCAAAUAGAUUGCAAGUGCUUAACAGUCAGUGGUUUGAAGCAAUACCACAUCUAGAGAUUCUCAUGAUUGGUGAAAAUCCAAUAAUCAAAAUCGAAGAUAUGAACUUUAAGCCUCUUAUUAAUCUGCGCAGUCUGGUUUUAGCAGGAAUAAAUCUGACAGACAUACCUGACAAUGCCUUCAUAGGUCUUGAAAAUUUAGAAAGUAUUUCUUUCUAUGACAACAGAUUUUUUAGCAUCCCCUCUGUUGCUCUUCAAAAGGUACUGAACCUUAAAUUUUUAGAUCUCAAUAAAAAUCCUAUUAGGAGGAUACAAAGAGGAGAUUUUAGCAAUAUGUUACACUUGAAGGAACUGGGCAUUAAUAACAUGCCUGAGCUAGUUUCAAUAGACAGUCUUGCCAUUGAAAAUUUGCCUGAUCUGCGAAAAAUAGAAGCAACCAAUAACCCAAAACUGGCUUACAUUCAUCCAAACGCAUUCUAUAGACUCCCUAAACUGGAGACACUCAUGCUCAACAGCAAUUCUCUCAGUGCCCUUUACCAAAGCACUAUAGAAGCUCUGCCCAGUCUUAAAGAAAUAGGUAUACAUAGCAACCCCAUCAGAUGUGACUGUGUAAAUCGCUGGAUUAAUAUGAAUAAAACAAGCAUUCGUUUUAUGGAAACAGAUUCAUUGUUUUGUUUUGAUCCCCCUGAAUUUCAAGGUCAGAAUGUCAGGCACAUACAUUUCAGGGAAAUGAUGGAAAUAUGUCUACCAUUAAUUGCUCCUCAGAGCUUUCCCUCAGCUUUGGAUAUAAGGACUGGUAGCUCAGCAUCAUUACACUGUAGAGCAACAGCCGAACCAGAACCAGAAAUCUACUGGAUUACACCUUUGGGUUCCAAACUCCAGCCCAAUACUAUUUCUGGUCAGUUUUAUGUUCACUCGGAAGGUACCCUAGAAAUUAACAACAUAAGUCUAUUGGAUGCUGGGCUUUAUACAUGUGUAGCAAAAAACCUGGUUGGUGCAGAUUUAAAAACCGUUAUGAUAACAGUGGAUGGAACCUUGCCUGAGGAUGUCAAUGGAUCUCUCUAUAUUGACAUCAAGGAAGUGCAAAGUAAUUCUGUGAUGGUGUCCUGGAAUUCUAGGUCAAAAACGUUAAAAUCCAGCGUGCAGUGGACUGCGUUCCUAAACACAGAAUACACCAAAAUUGCUCACAGUGUUCGAAUGCCAUCCGAUGUCAAACAAUACAAUUUAACACGUCUCAGUUCAUCCACUGAAUACACAAUCUGCGUAGAUGCACCCAACAUCUACCAACAAGUUGAAAAGCAAUGCAUUAAUGUCACCACAAAGGGAAUGGAUACGAUGAGAAGACAUAAUGAAACCUUUAAAACAACAGCACUGUUUACUAUCCUGGGUGGUCUUUUUGGAAUAAUUACUGUGGCUUACUUUUUCAACUAUGUAUCUUUAUAUUUGAGACAUGGUUCUGAAAGAAAAUGCUCUGAGAACUUUUUGCAGACACCGCCAUUUGCUUCUAGUGACCUCUACCCUCCUUUGUUGAGUCUUUGGAAUGUUGACAAAGAAAGCACAUCACUAGAAGUCAAAUCAACAGUUAUACAAGUACCGAGUACCACGCCAUAGAAACACUGUUACAAGAGCGUUCACCUAUGGAAUACAAACAAGCACAAGGUUCUAGUUGUGCUCCUUUACAGGAAGACUAUUUUCAAGGGAAAUUAAACAAAAUAACUGCAGUGCUGCUUAAAAAGUAUCUCCAAUAACAGGCAUAGCACGAUGACAAGCGAAGUAAGUCAGACAAAGUGCUUCAUUCAAGGAAACAAAAAAACUAUAUAACAAGCAGAGAACAAUGACUUUGUUGAAUACAAUACAAAAGUAUAGCUUUUGUUUUUUUUGUUUUGUUUUUUACAUUCUAUUGUAGUUGAACUGAGCAAUACCUCCUCCUGUGAUGUAUUACACAUUUUAGCCAAGAGUUUUUGAAGUGACAAAAUAAAAUAGAAUUGACAUGUGUUGUUACAAACUGGACAUUUCUGUAGCGUAGUAGAGACAGUAAAUAUGUAAAUCUUUUUUUAUGGAGAAAAAAAAAUACAUUUUUGAUUAAAAUAAAAAUUUACUUGUGCCAUGACUAUUUUGUUAUGUAAUAAGAACAUGCUGUAAAUGUGCUAUGAAAAAAUAUGCAAAUAUUAAGCCAUAUUAUACAGUAUAGUCAUGGGAGUGUAUUUGUACAUAUGAAUGAAUGAAAGAUACAGUUACUGAGCAGUACAGCACUUGUGUCUGCUGGCAAGGCACAUGUAUCUUCUAUCGUGUGUAUGAUCCAAAUAUAUAACUAAAAUACAAAGGUUACUAGAAAAAAUAUAUAUGUUGAUUUCACAGUUUACUGUUCAUUAUAACACUGCUAACCAAUUGAUAUAAAAGGGAAAUUUGCAAUAUUA